AUGGGCGCCCACGUGUCAGCCACCCGUUCGGUGGAAGUGGCCUGCGAAGAGCCCAACCCUGGGGGCACCUAUGGGGGGAACCGGGUGGCCUGCUCCCUCACCCAAGCCACGGUGGAAAGCGUGGCGAACUACCAGACCUGCGAGACGAAAUGCUUAUCCGCCAGCAGCAGCGAGUGCGUGGCCUACCAGUACUUCGAGAACCAAACCUGCCAGUUCAUGACGCUAUGCACAGGCCGUUACUUCAUGAUCAUCAACGGCACCGACCGCUACGUGGCCUACUGCCGCCGCGUGGACACCCCGCCGAAGAUCUUCCUCGCCGAUGGGGCGAGCUGGUUCUUGCUGGGGGCCUCCACUGACUCGCUGGACAGCCUGCCGGCGGUCACGUGUACCGACUCGGAAGACGCCGCGGCGAUGGGCAGCCCCACCAACGACGCUGCCACAGCGGUACAGACAGACACUGCCGGCAACUACAUCGUGACCUACGUGUGCACGGACUCGGCGGGUCAGUCCACCUCCGGCACCCGCACCGUGACGGUGAAGAACAGCUGCACCGCCCCGACGGUGACCAACUCCGCCACCGCCGGUUACUGCGCAGAGGGCACCACCUUCGCGCACGGCAGCACCUGCACGGCCCAGUGCAGGGACGGCUUCGCGCCUCAUCAGAUCACGCACACCUGCACCACCACCUCGGACACGGACUAUGCCUCGGCCUUCAGCCCGUCGGAAGCCGCUGGGGCGUCGAAGCGGCUGAAGUUCCUGGGCGCGCUGAGGGGUGUGGUGGACCUCUGGGGCCUCUGCUGCGAUGUUUUUCGCUUCGACGUCUUCGGGCACCGGGCGGUGUGCUUCAAGCACGCCAGCACUUGGGAGGUCCGCUUCUGCUGCGGCGAGCUGCAGGAGGAGUGGCGCUUCGGGGCGUGGCUGCAGCGGGCCAUCACUGCGCGGCCGAGGCUUCGAGUGGAGUGGGAGCGGAUGAGCCGAGUCCCGGACUUCGGGCUGGUGAGCUACCACAAGACGGGGACCUUUGUGGCCACGCAGCUCCUGGGGUACAAUGAGGCUCCCGGCCCACUGGCGGCCUUGCUGCUGGGAGACUCCAGCCGCGCCUUCGAGUACAACCUGGCGACGGAGAACGAGACGGCCGUGGUCUACGACUCCGAAGUGGAGUGCACCAGGACAUGGAUGCGGGAGAGCAAGUGGGGCCGGGUGGCCUUGUUGUACAACCCCCUCGAACACGAGGUUCAGCAGCGGGCCCAGCUCCCCCGGCGUCUGCUGCACUUUGUGCGGCGGCCCUCGGAGGUGAUCAUCUCUUCCUACCUCUACCACUUGAAGCGCCCUCCUUUUGAGUACUGGAUGUACCAGACGAAUCCUCCGGAUUGCCACCACUGCGACUUCGAGGCGUGGCGCAGCGUCUUUGCGCCCUGCAACUUCUCCUGCAGCUUCUCGGAGCGGCUGCGGAAAUUGCCGCUGGCGGAGGCCCUGGAGCUGGAGAUCUGGCGGGGCCGCUGGACGAUAACCAAGAUGCUGAUGAACAUGAACCGCUGGCAGGCCUCGCCCCAGGUGCUCACGAUGCGCGCCACAGAGUUCCAGGCGAACCUCACUGCGGCUUUGCGCCGCGUGGCAGAGUUUUUUCUGCCGACGCGGCCAGCUCUCGGCGCGCGCCCAGUGCGGCGCGGGGGGCUGCGGCUGCUGUGGGGCGCCCGGAACUUCGGACUUGACCUGGGCCAUGCGCGGAGCCAAUGCGGGCAAGGCCUCUGCAGCUGGGCCUUGCGCUUGGCGCUGAACCACUCCGCCGGCGGCGCCAGCGGCGCCGGGUGGGAGGCCAAUUUGCGGCGCAGGGCGCGGGCGGUGCUGCCCACGCUGAAGCUUUGGCAGGAGGUCAUUGCCCCAGCGGACGCCUUCUACGACCGGCUGAUGGCAGAGCUAUGA